AUUUUAAAAUGAUGGAACACCUGAAUACACGAGUCAUUUUAAAAUGAUAGAAUUUGUAAAUAAAAGUUGUUUACACUAUGGACUCUGAAGAGGAAUGUGCUGCAGCAGUUGUUAUAAUUGCCAUUCUUUCAAAAAGAAAAAAACGCAGAAGAAAUAGAUCUACUUGGGUGAAGCCAUGGCUCGGUAGAAGAACAGAACUUGGGGUAUAUAAUACUCUUUUACGAGAAUUGCGUGUGGAAGAAGUGUUCGAAUAUAAAAAGUUUUUAAGAAUGGCACCUGAAAAUUUUGAUGAACUUUUAAAUUUAGUAGGUGUUGAUAUACAAAAAGAAACUACAAACAUGCGCGAGCCAAUUUCAGCAAAAAUUAACUUAGCAGCAACACUUCGUUUCUUAUCAACAGGUGCUAACUAUGCAGACUUGCAACAUAUAUUCCGUAUACAUAGAAGUACGUUAUCUCGAAUUAUCCCAGAAGUAUGCGAUGCUAUCUACAUGAACUUAAAAGACAGAUAUAUAAAGACACCAUCAACAGAAGAGGAAUGGAAAACAAUUGCUAAAGAGUAUGAAGAGCGUUGGAACUUCCCGAAUUGUAUUGGUUCUAUUGAUGGCAAACAUGUUGUCAUAAAGCAACCUCGAAAUAGCGGAUCGUACUAUUUCAAUUAUAAAAGCACUUUCAGUAUUGUGCUUUUAGCUUUGGUAGAUGCCAAUUACAAAUUCAUUUAUGUUGACGUUGAUUGUAACGGAAGAAUAAGCGACGGAGGUGUAUACCGAAAUAGUUCACUUUCAAAAGCCUUGGAAGGUAAUCAAUUGGGACAUUGUGACCACUGUCCUGGAAUUUCCUGGAAUGUCCUGGAAUUUAGUUUUUGUCCUGGAAUACGACUGGCUAAAAGAUCCGAAUUACAAGACCUGGCUUUCCAAAAAAAUGAAGGCUUUGGAAGAUGUAAAUACUGCUCGAAAGAUAUUUGCGUCACAAAUAUGGGCGAAGCAGCUAUCAAAAGUCAUAAAAAAAGUAAAAAACACACUGAAAGAGAACCUGUUAAUUCUUCUGUUCUCCCUUUUGUUACCGGUAACCAAAAUGUAACAGAUUCUUCCAAGCUAACGUACUCUUCUGAGCCAACAUCCUCUUCUGAGCCAACAUCCUCUGAUAAAGCAAGUUCCUCAACUAAACCCUGUCAAGGUACUUUAGAUUCCAUGUUUGAGAGAGAUCAAAUAUUAUUUGCAGAAAUCCGCUGGGCUAUGAAGGUGGUCCAGCCAAAUAGCAGAAAAAUUUUCUUGCGGAAGAACCAAAUGUGGCUAUCUCAUUAA